UACGGAUUCAAUUUUAACUGACUGGAGAGCUUUGAGAAAGGUCUCAAGACAGUGAUGGAAAUGACCGCUACCCCUUCCUAUCACGUCAAUAAAACAGAUGUAUCUACAAGUAAUUGCUCCGUGGUUGACACGCAUGCUGAGCUGAGAAAGUCUCUCUACACCAUGUCUCUCAUUAUUUGCUGCCUGGCCUUUGCUCUUGGUGUGCUCGGUAAUGGAAUGGUUAUCUGGUUGACCGGGUUCAAGAUGAAAAAAACUGUUAACAAAGUUUGGUUCCUCAACUUUUCUGUGGCCAACUUCAUCUUCACAGCAUCCAUGCCUUUCAGAGUGACAUACGUGGCUUUGAAUUUCCACUGGUCUUUUGGCAAGUUCAUGUGCAAACUGAACAGCACGUUAGGCUUUCUGAACAUGUUUGCCAGUGUCUACAUUCUGGUGGUGAUCAGUGUGGACAGAUGUGUGUCUGUGGUGUGGCCUGUCUGGACCCGGAACCAUCGAAGUAUAUCAAAGGCCUCCUUUGUGAGUCUGGGUGUUUGGGUUCUGGCUCUGAUUCUCAGCGCUCCAUACUUCAUCUUCAGGGACACUGGGUCAUCAGAUCUCCAUAAAGACAUCAUCAAAUGCUACAACAACUUCGCCUUUUCUGAUGACUAUAAAACACCGUCUGUGAAUCAACUGCGACAGUUUCGUCAUCAGGCCAUGACCAUCACCCGCUUCCUCCUGGGAUUUGUUGUUCCCUUCACAGUCAUUGUCUCCUGUUAUGCUGUGAUAAUCCAUCGUAUCAGAAGACACCGUACCCUGGCCAGCCACUCAAGUCGCCCCUUUAAGAUCAUCGCUGCAGUUAUCACCACUUUCUUCCUGUGCUGGGCUCCUUAUCACAUCAUGGCUCUAAUAGAGUUUGUGAGUUUCUUACCUGCUUGUAAAAGUAAAACAUUAGUAUAUGCCACCACUAUCGGAGUCCCUAUAACCACCAGCCUGGCCGAUAUCCACAGUUGCUUGAACCCACUGCUGUAUGUGUUUUUUGGCCAAGAUUUCAAGGGUAAAGCCCGCAAAUCCAUUCUGAAUGUUUUGGAGGCCGCCUUCCAAGAAGAGGUUACAGGCUCUCACACUGACACAAAGUCAGUGGACACCAGUCGGAGCACAGGGAAGUUAGCGCUUGGUACUGAAGUUUGAGGCUGUCCAUGACGAGAAGAAACCAAUCCUGAAACUGUGCAAACAUUUGGCAGCACAGUGGCUCAGUGGUCAGCACUGUUGCCUCACAGCAAGUAGGCACUGAUUGAUUCUACAGUUUACUCCAAACAUAAAAACUUGCUUGCUACAGUAGGUAACGCCUGCCAUUGCCCUUGAUAUACAGGCAUGGAGACAGGCACUGGACUACGGCUGUCCACUGCUCGUUACUAAGCGUGAUUUAUAAUUCUACGUAAAAUCCACACCGUGGCUAUGUACGUUAGUACGUGGAGACUACAACAACGCGACGCACAACGCUCAGCUGUGGCUUGGUAGCAUUGCAUUUCCCCCCUCUCAUUUCCUGGUUCUCCUUUUCCAUAAACAACAUGAAACCUCCUACAGAUUUCCCACCGUGGUCAGAAAGCACAGGGGAGACACUUUCCCUCACUAUGACUCUAGAGUCGGUUUUGCUCUGAAGCUUAUCGCUGUCACUCGCUCACUCUCUCUACCACACGCAGAGAUGAACCCAUACACCAACGCACAAGCAUAAACUUCAGGCCACUUACAUAGGCUACGGCAAAAGCUCUGCAGGACCAUAAAUCAAGCUUUAGUUAGGAUGGGAUUAAUGCAGAGGAAACAUUUCUUGUAUGUGUCCUUGUACUUGGCAAAUAAAGAAAAUAGUAUUUUAUAAUUUUGACAUAAAUGUACAAAUUACUUUUUUCUUUAACGUUUUCGUUUUCUUUAUGUUGACCCUCGGGGCAAGCUGUAAAAAUUAACUUAGAUUGAAGAAUUCCAACCUGAUGCAGUUUGAUAUCUGAGAGUUUUACCGUAUGGUUGUAGAUCGGGAAUUAAAGUGUACCACGUUUUAACUACACUUCAACCUGAUAGAACAAACUGAUGGUAACAUUGUACAAUACAUCCUGAUGCCUUUUGUGAGCUAAACCUUUGUUGAAUAAGAUGUUAGUGGAAUGUUUUAGUCACAAAGAGCAAAAGAGAUCUACCCAAUUCGCCUUUAGUCUGUACUACUGUAUGUAGAGCUAAGGGUGGGGUGUAUGACUGAUAUGUGAGUACAUGCAUAUUGUGCUAUAAUCUGAGAAUGUAGACUAUACUUUUCUCUAUUUUUAC